UGCCAAAAUCAGCUGCUGUCAGCAUUCAUAUUUUUUUAUUUAUUUGUGAAAUACGCAUUUAAUCGUAUACUAUUUAUUCGUGAAUUUAGUUUUAGAAAACAAAAUAAAAUGAGUGAACCGUCUACUCCAAACACACCUGGAAGUCAAGCGCUUGUAAAACUGAAGGAGCGUGAUAAGAGUUUGAUAGACUUUAAAGUACCACAGUCCGGAGCAGUACGCAAGAAAACUAAACAAAAAAUACUCACAGAGGAAAUGUAUAUUGAGGAGCUAUCUAAAAUAAUUCAACGAGAUUUCUUUCCACAUUUGUCCAAAUUACGUGCGCAGAAUGACUACUUGGAUGCGAUGGAGCGUAAAGACUAUGCACAAAUGGAGGCUAUACGCGCCAAGUACAGCGGACGCAGACCGACCGACAGGAGCUCUAUGUCUCCAGCUACCUUUGAGACACCAGCAAGUGCGAAUGGUAUUGUGACACCGCGACUUGGAGGCAAUGAUAGUGCUUCAGACACACCAAAAUCAACUUUAUCUUUUUCUUCAAAAACGUCAAGAACAGACGGAGGUCCUAAGUCUAUAUCAGACAAACAUUCGUUAGAUUCAUUUUUACAGCAUUAUACCAGCGAAGACAAUUAUAGUUUUCAAGAAAUCAUAGAUACUGCUGAUGAGAAAUUGCGACAAAAGUUUGCCGUGCUAUAUAAUGAAGAAAAAUUGUCGGCCGAUAAAUUGGCACGCGCACUAACAUUGCCAUCAAUUGAAAAACAGUUUGAGGAGCCGGAUCCGUUGCGAAAGAUUGAAACUUGGUCAUACACAAAUAAAAAUUCCAUUAUGUACAUCCCCGAUGGUGUAGAACUUACGGAGAGAGAACGUGUGGAAGCAGCAAAGCGGCGUGAGAUAAUAAAGCACAACGCUACACGGCUCAAUAGCAAUCCUUUCGUUGAAACACCUAAUCAAAAGGCAAACAGCGAAUUAGUUAAAUCACAAUCGCAAGCGCUUAUGAAUAAAAUUGGUCUAGAUGGAAAUGUCAUUACGCCGGGCAACGAUAGUGAAGGACCUCAAGUGCGUGGUUUUAAUCUAGUAAAAACGCCAUCUCCACGUCCAGGUGAAGCAUUCUCACCACUCAUGACAUGGGGUGAAAUCGAAGGUACACCCUUCCGUCUUGAUGGCUCUGACACACCAGUACGCCCAAAUGUAGGACCUGCAUUCACAAUUACUGAAAAUUCACGUCGUGAAAAUAUUGGUUUGGCCUUGGCCGAAAAAGUUGGAGAAAAAAUGCGCGCACAAAAGCAAAGAGCUGCUGAUACAGCACGUAAGAAUAUCAAUUCACCAUUCAUACGUUCGAAUAUGGAACGUUUGGCGUCAAUGUCACCGGCAGCAAGACGUUUAGCCACAUCCAAAUUGGGUUUAAAUACAACGCCGCUUAUGCCCACACCACAGCUGACACCUGGCAAAGCUACGCACAGAGCGAAACCAACACCGAAAGCUCGUAAAACGCCAUCAAACUCCGCGCCAAACACGCCGAAACAGAUUAGUAGUGGAAAAUCCACAUUAACCGAUGAUUUGCUGAAAAUUCCUACUAAACGAUUGCGUGCUUCCGAUUUCUUUUAAACCAGUGCAGAUUAGAACUAAUAUUGAAAUUAACGCACAGAAGUGUGUGUGCAUGUGCUAAUAAUAGAUGCCUGCAUAUAGGCUUAAACGCCAAACACUCGUAGUUUAGUAAGCAUAUUUAAGAGUAGAAAUAUUUAAUGAAAUACGUAAUAAUAAUUUUCUACAAAAAGAAGUACUUGAAACUAAAAUAUAUAAAUAGAAUUGUUUGCGAAAUAAAACAAUAAAUUUAUAUUUACUGAACACCAGCAUUAUUGUAUAUAUUGUGCAUAAAUAUUUGGAUCUACAAGCAGAUUUGUGCUCUGUUUUUCCAUACUAAAAUUUAAGACUGGCCUAAGUUGCACCUUCCUGUAUUAGACUAUUAAAAAAAAACUAUUGAUUUUUUAAACUUGAACAGCAUGGCAUCCUCA